AGGAAAUUGCCUCUCUUUCUGUUAACGAUGGACGAAGAAAGGAAACCAAAUCUUUUCCUCGUCUAAAUAAGUAGAAGAAGAAGAAGAAAGCGACAGCAGCAGCCAUACGAAAAGCAAAUUGGAACGUAGUAAUGGAAAUGCUAGAUCCUGGGAACCACAACCUUAGCAAUUCUAACUCGCAGAGUGCUCAGAAAACGAAAGCGACGGUAAUGCUCGGCAACUCGAACGGUUCAUUCAGAAGCUCUCACCACCGGCGAGCCCAUUCUGAGGUGAAUUUCAGGCUCCCGCAUGACCUAGAUAUUGUCGCUGAUCCGUUUGAUGCGCCCACCGCCAGCUUUGAAGAGAUCGGAUCGGAGGACGAUCUCUUUUGUACGUAUAUGGACAUUGAGAAGCUCGGAUCCAAGAUCGAGGAUUGCACGACAGGGGGAAGCAAGCUGGUAGAUUUCCGGAUCGAUGAUGGAGGUAUCGUUGACGGACGGAAUUGUAUGGGUCAGAACGGAGGAGCAGCAGGAGGAAGAGGUGAUGUUGGUGUUUCUGGAGCCGUACGGUCUGAGAACAGUGUUGAAGAAAAGAAUGUUAGGCCUCGGCACCGGCAUAGCAAUUCGGUCGACGGCUCUUCCAUCUUAAGAGGAGAGUCUCUGUUUGGGGAUGUAAUGGAUGCCAAGAAGGCAAUGCCUCCAGAUAAGCUUGCUGAACUUUGGACACUUGACCCCAAGCGAGCCAAAAGGAUUCUUGCAAAUCGACAGUCUGCUGCUCGGUCAAAAGAGAGGAAAGCUCGUUAUAUAUCAGAACUUGAGCGAAAAGUUCAGACAUUACAAACUGAAGCAACAACACUUUCUGCACAACUGACAUUAUUUCAGAUGUGGAUCAUAUCAAAUUGCCUCAACAAUUCAAGCGCGUCAAACUCUCAACAUAGAGACACAACGGGUCUCACUACUGAGAACACUGAACUUAAGCUUCGAUUACAAGCUAUGGAACAGCAAGCUCAGUUGCGUGAUGCUUUGAAUGAGGCAUUGAAGCAGGAGGUUGAGAGGCUCAAGAUUGCUACAGGGGAAAUAUUGAGCCCUGCGGAGACAUUUAGUUUGGGAAUGCACCAUAUCCCAUAUACCCCUUCGCCAUUUUUCUCUCUUCCACAACAAACAGGUUCUAGAGGACACCAGAAUAUUCAAGUGCCACAAUUUCAUCCUUCUCAGUCUAACAUGGCAAGCCAACCAAUGCUUGUAGCCAACACUCGUACUCUCCCGGAGAUGUUGCAGCAAGACCCACUUGGCAGAUUACAGGGGCUUGACAUUAGUAGUGGGCCCUCACAUCUCGUGAAGUCCGAAGGUCCAUCAAUCUCUGCUAGUGAAAGCAGCACCUUUUAACUUGAAUUUGAUGUCCAUCUGCUGACCUACCAAUAUUCCUGCUCUAUUUGUUAGAUUGUCCAUAGCCUGACACCCAGUCCCUUGUCAAAUCCAUUUAGCUUCAUUCUUAUUUAUUUCCUGAAGUAUCGUGAUUUUUUUAUUUCAUUGGUAUUUCUCUUGCGGUCCAGCUCUUUUUUUAUUGUUUCGUUUUGUAUUUUCCUUUUUAGUCUUAGUUUCACUUUACAUUUAUCAUGCUCAUCUCUUUUUUGGAUAAAAGUUCACUUAUACUGUGAAAGUAUUUUUGAGUUCUUUCUGCAUUAAAUGGAUACGGAGUUCAUUUACCUGGUGCUUUGAUGUCAGAAAAGAAACACUGUUUAAUUCUUGUAUUCACUUUUUUUGGUAAUAAUUCUUGUAUUCACUUGA